ACUCAAAUAGUAGAAGCCUGUUACGUUGAGAAAUGAGAAUGAGGAGUGCAAGCAAGUACGGCGCUAUAUACAAUAUAGUUUGUUGCUUGCAAAUCCUAAAACUUAACUCCUAUACGAGGAGCAGCCUUUCGGAGAUCUCAAGGGUCUGUCCGUCUUCUCGACAUCUCCGAACUCAUUUGACCCCUAUAACCACUAAUCCUCUUUCAUUCUUUCCUCUGAAAACUUAGAACCCAUUCUCGCAAUUCUGUUAUAAUCUGCUCCGCAGGAUACUUUCUGAGAUUCUUUAUAGAGAUUGUGAAAUGGUGAUUUCUUCCGCGGCUAAUUGUGCUUCAUCGUCGGCGGCGGCGGCGGCGGCGGCGACAUCGCACUCAAAUUCAUCGUCUGUAGUCUUGCGUCACCAUAAGAACAUAGCUGUUUCUUCGAUCUUUUCACGGAAAGUUGCCCCCCGGGAUAUUUCUUUACUAUCUAAGCGAAGCCCAUCGCGGAGUGUGAUAAGUUGUGUAGCGUCUCCAUUGGCUCCGACAGGGAAUGAAACUACAGCGAAGAAACUGAAAGACACGGUGUCAUCAGUUUCCCCGCCUGAGGAGCUUAAAGAUGCUGUUAUGUGUUUUAAGAAUAAGUGUAAUUCGACUGUCAGUAUAACUGUCGUGGGGGCAUCUGGUGACCUUGCUAAGAAGAAGAUAUUUCCUGCACUUUUUGCCCUUUAUUAUGAAGAUUGCCUCCCUGAGCACUUUACUAUUUAUGGUUAUGCCCGGAGCAAGAUGACUGAUGAAGAACUUAGGAACAUGGUUAGCAAAACUCUUACUUGCAGGAUAGAUAAGAGGGAAAACUGUGGCGAAAAGAUGGAACAGUUCCUAAAAAGGUGUUUCUACCAUAGUGGCCUGUAUGAUUCGGAGGAAAAUUUUGCAGAGCUUGAUAGAAAACUCAAGGAGCAUGAGGGUGGGAAGCUUUCCAAUCGCCUCUUUUAUUUGUCGAUUCCGCCAAACAUAUUCAUAGAUGCUGUACGGUGUGCAAGUGUCUCUGCGUCGUCUGCCCAUGGAUGGACUAGAGUCAUUGUGGAGAAGCCCUUUGGUCGGGAUUCUGAAUCCUCUGCUGUGUUAACACGAUCUCUUAAGCAGUACUUAAAGGAAGAUCAAAUUUUCAGGAUUGACCACUAUCUGGGGAAGGAGCUUGUGGAGAAUCUUUCUGUCCUCCGCUUCUCCAACCUUAUAUUCGAACCACUGUGGUCAAGGCAAUACAUAAGGAAUGUACAGUUUUUAUUUUCUGAAGAUUUUGGCACUGAAGGACGGGGAGGUUACUUUGACCAUUACGGGAUAAUCAGAGACAUUAUGCAAAAUCAUCUUCUUCAAAUCCUUGCCCUCUUUGCCAUGGAAACUCCUGUCAGUUUAGACGCAGAAGAUAUUAGGAAUGAAAAGGUAAAAGUCUUACGUUCCAUGAGGCCUUUACAACUUGACAAUGUGGUAAUCGGGCAAUACAAGGGGCAUACGAAAGGGGGAGUUACUUAUCCAGGAUAUACUGAUGACAAGACUGUACCAAAGGAUAGCGUAACCCCGACAUUUGCUGCUGCCGCUCUUUUCAUAGAUAAUGCUAGAUGGGAUGGUGUGCCGUUUUUAAUGAAAGCCGGGAAAGCUUUACAUACCAAAAGUGCCGAGAUUAGAGUGCAGUUUAGGCACGUGCCGGGAAAUUUGUACAACAAAAACUUUGGCUGUGACCUUGACCGGGCAACAAAUGAGCUUGUUAUACGUGUCCAGCCCGAUGAAGCUAUUUAUUUGAAGAUCAAUAACAAGGUCCCGGGUUUGGGGAUGAGACUGGACCGCAGUAAUCUGAAUCUUCUAUAUUCAACCAGGUACUCGAAGGAGAUCCCGGAUGCAUAUGAAAGACUGCUUCUCGAUGCUAUAGAAGGCGAAAGGAGGCUUUUCAUUCGCAGUGAUGAACUCGAUGCUGCUUGGUCUCUAUUCACCCCGGUAUUAAAGGAGCUCGAGGGGAAGAAAAUAGUUCCCGAGUACUAUCCCUAUGGAAGUCGAGGACCCAUCGGAGCACACUACCUUGCAGCAAGAUACAACGUGAAAUGGGGCGAUCUUGGGGUGGAUCAAUAACUCUCUCGAGUCUGGAAUUCAUCAUCAUCUUAACCAAAAAGCCAUUAAAGCUCAGGAAGAACACUGUUAAGAUCUGUAAAACUUGAGUGCCAGUGAAGGUGAAAGAAACAUUAGUUUAGUGAGAUAGAUGAUAGAACCCAAAGAUGGAAAACUGGGGAAAUUUCUAUCUUUUUUUUUUUACCUUCAGUAAUUCUUUUCCUUGUCAACUAUCUAUCUUAUUGGUUGAGAUUUUUCUCCUAAGGAGACAUUAUUGAUCUCUAACUUCCUUUUUGUCCUUAAUUCCUUAAUGAACCAUGCAAUGUGUGACUUGA